AAAGUCCUGCAUAUGUCUAUAUAUAUAUAUAUAUUUUAGUGACCAUGCAAAUGCAAGCCACACUCCCCAAGUCCAAACUUUUGCAUACUUAUAUUUUACUCUUCAAGAUUCUCAAUCUAAUUCAACUCAUUCUUGAUUCUUGAAGGGAAGUGAUAAAGGAUGGCUUUGGAGCCACUGGAUUGGUAUUGUAGACCAGUGGCAAACGGGGUUUGGGCAAAAGAAGUGGAUAGUGCAUUUGGGGCGUACACCCCUUGUGCCAUUGACUCUCUAGUGAUUUGCAUUUCCCAUUUGGUUCUUAUGGGUUUGUGCUUUUAUCGAAUAUGGUUGAUUAAGAAGAAUUCGAAAGCUGUAAAGUACAGCCUGAGGACAAAGUACUAUAACUAUUUGUUGGGUUUAUUAGUUGGCUAUUGUACAGCUGAACCACUAUUUAGGAUGGUGAUGGAUAUCUCUAUUUUUAACCUGGAUGGACAGACUAAUCUUGCUCCCUUUGAGAUGGUAUCUUUGAUCAUCGAGGCCCUCACCUGGUGUUCCAUGCUUAUUAUGAUUGGUUUGGAAACUAAAGUAUACAUCCGGCAGUUUCGGUGGUAUGUGCGGUUUGGAGUUAUUUAUGUGUUGGUGGGGGAAGCUGCCAUGCUUAAUACAAUUCUUUCUAUGACUGCUUACUACAAUAGAUUCACAUUGUACACAUACAUCAGUGCUGUUGUCUGCCAGGUUUUGUUUGGACUUCUUCUUCUUGUCUAUGUUCCCAAUUUGGAUCCUUAUCCAGGUUAUUCCAUCUUGCAACCUGAGUCUCCUGAAAAUGGUGAAUACGAAGCACUUCCUGGGGGAGAGCAUUGUCCUGAGAGACAUGUCAACUUGUUUUCCAGAAUAUAUUUUGGAUGGAUGACUCCACUCAUGCAACAAGGCUACAAAAAACCUAUCACUGAAAAGGAUGUCUGGAAAUUAGACACAUGGGAUCAGACUGAGACACUGAUUAAAAAAUUCCAGAGAUGUUGGAUAAAAGAAUCUCAAAAGCCAAAGCCAUGGCUUUUGAGGGCACUUAACAAUAGCCUUGGGAGAAGAUUUUGGUUGGGAGGUUUCUUUAAGAUUGGCAAUGAUCUUUCUCAGUUUGUGGGGCCUGUUUUGCUGAAUCAUCUCUUACAGUCAAUGCAACAAGGUGAUGCAACCUGGAUCGGCUACGUCUAUGCUUUCUCAAUUUUUGUUGGGGUGUCAUUAGGUGUGCUAUGUGAAUCUCAGUACUUUCAGAAUGUCAUGCGCACUGGUUUUCGGCUGAGAUCAACUUUGGUGGCUGCCAUAUUUCGUAAGUCCUUGAGACUAACUCAUGAGAGCCGAAAGAAUUUCCCAUCAGGGAAGAUAACAAAUAUGAUUACUACAGAUGCCAACUCACUUCAGCAAAUAUGCCAACAACUACAUGGAUUAUGGUCAGCUCCAUUUCGCAUCACAAUGUCCAUGGUUCUUCUUUACCAGCAACUAGGUGUUGCUUCACUUCUUGGAUCCCUAAUCCUAGUUCUUAUGGUCCCCAUACAGACAUUUGUGAUAAGCAGAAUGAGAAAACUAACAAAAGAAGGAUUGCAGAGGACUGACAAGAGAGUCAGCCUCAUGAAUGAAAUCUUGGCCGCCAUGGAUACUGUGAAAUGUUAUGCAUGGGAGAAGAGCUUCCAGUCUAAAGUUCAAAAUAUACGCAAUGAUGAGCUGUCAUGGUUCCGUAAUGCUCAAUUACUAUCUGCUUUCAACAGUUUCAUACUAAACAGCAUCCCAGUUGUUGUGACGUUGGUUUCAUUUGGGACAUUUACUUUGCUUGGUGGAGAUUUGACACCUGCAAGGGCAUUCACAUCACUCUCUUUGUUUCAAGUGCUACGAUUUCCCCUAAACAUGCUUCCUAACUUGUUAAGUCAGGUUGUAAAUGCAAAUGUAUCAUUACAACGUCUGGAAGAACUAUUUUUAGCUGAAGAAAGAAUUCUAGCACCAAAUCCUUCUCUUCAGCCUGAACUUCCAGCUAUCUCAAUCAAGGAUGGAUACUUCUCAUGGGAUUCAAAGUCUGAGAAGCAUACACUGUCAAAUAUCAAUUUGGACAUACCAGCUGGCAGCUUAGUUGCAAUUGUUGGUGGGACUGGAGAAGGAAAAACAUCAUUGAUAUCAGCAAUGCUUGGAGAGCUCCCUCCUGUGGCAAACACAGGCAUUGUUAUCAGAGGAACCGUUGCUUAUGUUCCUCAAGUUUCAUGGAUCUUCAAUGCAACUGUCCGGGACAACAUAUUAUUUGGCUCUGAAUUUGAACCCUCUAGAUAUUGGCAAACUAUUGAUGUAACAGCAUUACAUCAUGAUCUUGACUUACUUCCAGGCCGUGACCUCACAGAGAUAGGUGAAAGAGGUGUGAAUAUUAGUGGCGGGCAAAAGCAAAGAGUUUCUAUGGCUAGGGCUGUAUACUCCAAUUCCGAUGUAUACAUAUUUGAUGACCCCUUAAGUGCUCUAGAUGCUCAUGUUGGUCGGCAGGUUUUUAACAGCUGUAUCAAGGAAGCAUUGCGAGGAAAAACCAGAGUUCUUGUCACAAACCAGCUACAUUUUCUUCCACAGGUGGACAGGAUUAUUCUGGUUAGUGAAGGAAUGAUUAAAGAGGAAGGGACCUUCGAGGAACUCUCUAAGAGUGGCAAGUUGUUCCAGAAACUAAUGGAGAAUGCUGGGAAAAUGGAGGAAAUAAAAGAACAAGAAGAAGGACAAGAGGACAGCAAAAAUCUCGACAAUGAAAGCUCAAAACCAGCAGCUAAUGAGCUGAAUGAGUUGACACAAAAUGUUGGUCAGAUGAAGAAAGGGAAAGGAAGGAAGUCUGUGCUCGUCAAGCAAGAAGAAAGGGAAACAGGUGUUGUGAGUUGGAAGGUCUUGAUGAGGUAUAAGAAUGCAUUAGGAGGCACAUUCGUGGUUAUGGUACUGUUUGCAUUCUAUAUAUCAACAGAAGUUCUUCGAGUUUCAAGUAGUACAUGGUUAAGCUUUUGGACAAAACAAAGCACUUCGGAAGGUUAUAGGCCAGCAUACUACAUUUUUAUCUAUGCACUUCUAUCACUUGGUCAGGUAACAGUGACGCUGUCAAACUCUUAUUGGCUGAUCAAUUCUAGUCUUCGUGCAGCCAGAAAACUGCAUGACGCGAUGCUAAAUUCAAUCCUACAAGCUCCUAUGCUAUUCUUCCACACUAACCCCACAGGAAGGGUGAUCAAUAGAUUUGCAAAGGAUCUAGGGGAAAUAGAUCGCAAUGUUGCCAAUUUUGCAAAUAUGUUUCUGAACCAAGUUUUUCAACUUCUUUCAACAUUUGCACUGAUUGGCAUUGUGAGCACAGUAUCCUUGUGGGCCAUAAUGCCACUUCUCAUCUUAUUUUAUGCUGCCUAUCUCUACUACCAGAGUACUUCUCGUGAAGUAAAACGUCUGGAUUCCAUCACCAGAUCUCCAGUGUAUGCACAAUUUGGAGAAGCAUUAAAUGGUUUAUCAAGUAUUCGUGCAUACAAAGCAUAUGAUCGAAUGGCUAACAUCAGUGGGAAGUCUAUGGACAAUAACAUCAGAUUUACUCUAGUGAAUAUAAGUUCAAAUCGCUGGCUCACCAUAAGAUUGGAAACAUUAGGAGGGAUCAUGAUUUGGUUGACUGCAAGCUUUGCAGUUUUGCAGAAUAGCAGAACAGAGAACAAGGUGGCAUUUGCAUCUACAAUGGGUCUACUCCUCAGUUAUACUUUAAACAUUACCAAUCUACUGAGUAAUGUUUUAAGACAAGCAAGUAGAGCAGAAAAUAGUUUCAAUUCUGUUGAGCGUGCUGGCACAUAUAUAGAUAUGCCGUCUGAAGCUCCAGCUGUAAUUGAAAGCAAUCGCCCUCCACCUGCAUGGCCUUCUUCAGGAUCAAUUAAUUUUAGGGAUGUUGUCUUACGUUAUAGAUCUGAACUUCCUCCAGUCUUGCAUGGAUUGUCCUUCUCAGUUUCACCAAGUGAGAAGCUGGGAAUAGCUGGGAGAACUGGAGCAGGAAAAUCUAGCAUGCUUAAUGCAUUGUUCCGAAUUGUUGAACUGGAAAGAGGAGAGGUCAUCAUUGAUGGCUGUGAUGUUUCUAAGUUUGGACUAACAGAUUUGAGAAAAAAUCUCAGUAUUAUACCACAAGCACCUGUUCUUUUCUCAGGAACCGUGCGGUUUAAUCUUGAUCCAUUUAAUGAGCACAAUGAUGCAGACCUUUGGGAGGCUCUAGAGAGGGCACAUUUGAAGGAAGUGAUUAGGAAGAAUCCUUUUGGUCUAGAUGCCGAGGUUUUGGAAGGAGGUGAAAAUUUCAGUGUUGGACAGAGGCAAUUACUAAGUCUCGCACGAGCAUUACUAAGAAGAUCAAAAAUUCUUGUUCUUGAUGAAGCAACUGCUGCUGUUGACGUCAGAACUGAUGCUCUCAUUCAGAAAACCAUUCGAGAAGAAUUUAAAUCUUGCACAAUGCUUGUUAUUGCGCACAGACUAAAUACCAUCAUUGAUUGUGACAGAAUUCUUGUUCUUGAUGCCGGUCGGGUUUUAGAACAUGCUACUCCGGAGGAGCUACUGUCAAAUGAAAGAAGUGCAUUCUCUAAAAUGGUUCAAAGCACAGGACCUGCAAAUGCUCAGUACUUGCGUAGCUUAGUAUUCGAAGGGAAAGAAGAUAAAUUCAGUAGAGAAGCAACCAAGAGGCUAGAUGGCCGGAGGAGAUGGAUAGCCUCUUCAAGAUGGGCUGCUGCUGCCCAGUUUGCCCUUGCUGUCAGUCUCGCUUCUUCACAGAAUGAUCUUCAAAAGUUAGAUACUGGAGAUGAGAACAAUAUACUCAAUAAAACAAAAGAUGCAGUGAUAACACUGAAGGAUGUUCUAGAGGGGAAACAUGAUGAAGUAAUAGAUGAAACACUAGAGCGGUACCAAGUUCCCAGAGAUGGAUGGUGGUUCUCCCUGUACAGAAUAGUUGAAGGUCUCGGAAUGAUGAGCAGGCUGGCUUACAACAGGCUUCAACAAUUAGAAUAUGACCAUGAUAUGGUCCAUCAAUCCCUUGAUUGGGACAGUGUUGAAGAUUAAGGGACAAUCAAAACUUUGUUAAUUCAAUGGUUGUAGAAAGAUGAAUUACAGAAAGUCUCUGGCUCUUUGCUUAAGAAAAAAAAAAGACAAGAGAGAGAGAAAGCUUGCGAAGCAUAAUACAUUAGAUGACACUAUUGGAAGUAGAGAAUAGCUCCUCAUAAUUUUGUAAUAUAGUUUGUAAGUGAAAUUUUUUGCAUAAUGUAAUCCUAUAAUGGAAAUAAUUAAUUGUAAGAAUUCUGAUUUUUGUAAAGGUGAGAGUAAGAUAAGGGUUUUCUCUGGUGAA